CAUUCCUCAUCAGAGUGUCUCCCAGACGAAGCAAUGUGUGGGAUUAUCAGCAAAUUGCUCCAACUGUAGAAACCAACUCUUUGCGGUGUUUGUUUUCUGGGCAAAACCCUCGUGACGUUCGCAGAGUGUGUCUGGCAAAAACGUGUUUUGUGACUCGAAAAAGAAAAGUCCUUGGUGGGAAAAUGUCAGCCGACGCCGAGCUCAGUUCCAUCCUCAACAGGAGACAACAGAUAAACGAUGCCCUGGAGAAUGGCGAGAACGUUGAGAACACGUUCAGGAAUGUGAAGAGGAAUGUGUAUCAGGAGUUCCACGAGUUCUCCAGGAAGCAGAUAAAGGAGUACCAGGCCACAUUUAACAGAUACGAUGUGGGCCAAGAUGGAUACUUGGAUUUGGCGGAGCUGAAGAUUAUGAUGGAGAAAUUGGGCGCUCCGCAGACUCACCUGUCGCUGAAGAAGAUGAUCAGCGAGGUGGACGAGGACAAAGACGGCAAGAUCUCUUUUCGCGAGUUCCUCCUCAUCUACAGAAAGGCCAAGGCCGGAGAGCUGACUUCGGAGUCUGGUUUGGAGCAAUUGGCGCGCUUGACAGAGAUCAACGUGGACGAGGUGGGCGUGAAUGGCGCGAAGAACUUCUUCGAGGCGAAAAUCGAGGAGCAACUCAGGACAAACAAGUUCCACGAUGAGAUCCGACAGGAGCAGGAGGAGAAGAAGCGAGCGGAGCAGGAGAAGGUCCUGCGACGGGCGCAAUUUCAGCAGAAAGCGGCAAUUUUUAACAAUUAAACUUUAGCAAUGUCAUGAGUUGAUGUGCAUUUUACCAUGAGAAUUUGCGAUGCCAUUGAGUUUUUAGAGAUAGAUUUCUGUGAAAUUCUUCCCCAUUACUAUCAUUCAAGGCAAAAUAUGCUCGCGGUUACCAAAAACAAACACCCAAUUUUUUAACAAGUGUUCUGUCCACUCAAUUGAACUGAUAAGAAAACAUGUCAUGUCGUUUGCAGAUUUUUCCUUUAGGCAACUCUCUAAGUUUGCGUACUCUCUGUGUAACUUUUAACACUAUAGAAUGUAAAUAAUAGAGUGUCAACUUGGUGUACUCUCGAUGUACAGUUUGAUGUGUAAAUAAAAGAGAAAAUAGCUAAUUUUG